AUGAAGAUGGAGGACUACGUGAAUAAGGGUUACGUGCGAAAGCUGACGCAAGCAGAACUCAACAAACAGCAGUCUCAACAAUGGUUCGUGCCCGUAUUCCCUGUUGUGAAUCCCAACAAACCGGGUAAGGUACGGCUAGUAUGGGACCCCGCUGCUCCUGCUCAUGGUGUUUGCCUCAAUUCGUUCCUAAUCAAAGGCCCUGAUCUUUUGACAUCGCUACUAGCAGUUCUCGUCCAGUUUCGGGAGUUUCGCAUCGCUAUCUGCGGGGAUAUUCGGGAGAUGUGCCUGCAGAUUCUUCUGAGACAUGACGUUCGCCUGUGCUUCUUUUGGAGGGACGAUGUAGGGAGCGCUGAACCCAGCAUAUACACUUUGCUGGUGUUGCCGUUUGGGCGAUUCCAGGAAAGUCAUCCGGCAGCGGUUCGAGCCAUCGUCGAUAAACAUUACGUGGAUGAUAUGCUUGCAAGCGUCGAAAGCGAACAAGAAGCAAUAGAUCUCGCGCUGAACGUGAAGGAAAUCCAUGCUGAAGCCGGCUUUGACAUGAGAAAUUGGAUUUCAAACUGUCCGGCUGUUUUGGAGGCGCUACAUGAGAGAAUCACGGAAGAGAAGGACCUUAGUAUGGCGGAAGGAGCCACUACAGAGAAGGUACUCGGAAUGUGGUGGAAUACUUCGACUGACUGUUUCACCUUCAAGAUUUCUCCUCGCUAUGAUCCAGAGCUUAUGUCGGUCCAGCGGAGACCAACCAAGAGGGAAGUACUCAGAACGUUGAUGAUGAUCUUCGACCCCUUGGGGCUUAUUGGUCAUUUCUUAAUGUUCUUGAAGGUGGUGUUACAGGAAAUAUGGAGAACGUCCGUCGGAUGGGAUGAUCAUAUAGAAGAAAAACAGUUUGGAAUGUGGAUGCAGUGGCUAAAGGUACUUCCUGAAGUGGCAACGGUAGAAAUCCCACGUUGCUAUAGGACCGCUACAUCAAUUGAUAGUACCAACGAAGUGCAAAUGCACAUCUUUGUCGACGCUAGUGAGAAAGGGUUCGCUGCAGUGGCAUAUCUGCGAUUCAAGCAAGGAGACAUCAUUGAAACGGCGCUGGUAGGAUCAAAGACACGUGUUGCACCUAUCAAGUUCCUAUCAAUUCCGCGAUCGGAGCUACAAGCCAGUGUAAUCGGAGUAAGGUUGGCGAACAGCAUAGCGCAAUCGCUGUCCGUCAAGAUUAACAGGCGCUUCUUUUGGACCGAUUCAAGCGACGUCAUCAGCUGGCUCAAAUCCGAUCAUCGCAGAUAUAGCCCGUUUGUCGCUUUCCGAGUGAGCGAGAUGCUGGAAGCUUCGGAUGUCAGCGAAUGGCAGUGGAUUCAAACGAAUAAUAAUGUCGCUGACGAUGGAACAAAGUGGAAACGAGUACCUGAUAUGAGAAAAACAAGUCGAUGGUUCCACGGUCCGGAAUUUCUCAAAACUCCAGAAGCAGAGUGGCCUGUGAAGAUACACGUCGAUAACGCUACCUCGGAGGAAUUACGUCCACAUUUAUUGCUGCACAUCAAAUUACCAGAGCCAAUCAUCGAUCCUCAAAACUUCUCCAAAUGGACUUCGUUUCUACGUCGAUGCGCAUACGUGUUUCGAUUCAUCGGGAAUGUGAAGACAUCUAGCUCUGAAGAAAGAACUGUUGGAGCAUUGACAGCUAGUGAGCUAGUAAAGGCUGAAAACUACUUGUACCGGCUGGCCCAAGGUAGUUCGUACGCAGAUGAGCUAGCAAUACUAUCGAACACAAGAGCGUCCAAAGAUUCUACCUUGACGAUACCGAAGAAUAGUUCAAUCUAUUAUCUGUGUCCGUUCCUGGACCAACAUGGCGUACUCCGGGUGCGUGGUCGAACCUCGGCGUAUCCCGGUGUGAAUCCGGAUGCAAUGAAUCCAAUCAUCCUUCCACGAAAUAAUCACAUCACACGUCUCAUCAUAUCCCACUACCACAACAAAUAUCAUCAUCAAAACCACAAUACCGUGGUUAACGAGUUGCGCCAACGAUACAGCAUUUCUCGAUUGAAGCCUGCCUACAAUGAGAUUCGUCGAUGCUGUCAGCAGUGCAAAAACGAUCGUGCACAACCACUACCACCAGCUAUGGGCGACUUGCCAUUACCUCGCCUGGCCGCCUACGCUCGACAGUUCACGUAUAUGGGGGUGGACUACUUUGGACCAAUUAUGAUUACCGUUGGACGUCGUCAAGAGAAGCCAUCGGUACCCAUCAUUGAAAUUCACACUGUAAAACGACAGAUCCCUCUCCCCCAUAAGGGCAUACGUAAUAUGUGUACGGUCCCCUAG